ACGGGAGGGAGGAAGCGAGUUCCUUUGUGGGCUUUGACAAUAAGAUGGCGGGCGGGGGGAGGCGGGGCUGGUCUUUACGGUUAGCCACGCCCCCUCCCUCAAGCGCGGAGCGAUCGGUGAGGCGGGAGCGGGGACUGCUGCGCUGGGAGGCGGUGGCGACGACAGCAGCGGCGAGGUGGUGGUGCUCUAACUUUUACUGUAUGGACUCUUGCUCAGUAGCAUGGGAGAAGAGGAAGGAAUACAUCAAACACAAUUACUGAGGUUAAGCAUGCCAGUAGAAACUCGGGAGGAGCGAGGAGAAACUGCCUCUCCAGUAGGUGAAAUACGGCUGUUGAGAUGUUUGCUUCUGUGCGAAGCAGCGGCUCCUGACUUCCAUCAAGUGUGGAGCCUGAUGGGAGCCGGUGGCUGGGAGCCCCUGCCUCUCUCGGAUGCCACGGUGUGGACCUGCUCACGCCUGGUUCCCGAGUGCCGUCUUUGGGACCCGGUCCGUAUGUUCCUGACCCCUGUUGUACCACACUGGCCAUUCUGUAAUCUGGACACGAUGUUUGUGCGAGGAUUAAAAAGAAAAUGUUUUGAUGGUGAAGAAGAUAUUGAAGGAACUCUAGCUGGUAUUAAGGCUAUUCCUUCAUAUAAUCUUCAGCGGCAGUCACUUUUAGACAUGUCUUUGGUUAAACUUCAGCUGUGUCACAUGCUGGUUGAACCUAACCUGUGUCGUUCGGUACUUAUAGCCAACACGGUACGGCAGAUCCAAGAGGAAAUGACUCAAGAUGGGACUUGGCAGAUGAUAAAUACACAGAGUACAGGGCAGGCAUCCCUGGAUCGUCUUGUUUCAACAGAUAUCCUGUGUCGUUCAUCUAGGGAACAAGCUGAGGGAAAGCAUGUUCCAGGCUAUAGUACUUUCAAUAAAGACUUCGAGGGUGAUCAGGCACAAGAUAAUUCAGAAACUAUGUCAACAGCCUCUUCAGUGCAAGCUCCGAGAAACCUGCAGAGCAACGUGUGGGAAAUGGAGAAUCCCCAAGAAAAUAAAGGAAACUUUCAAAAAUCAUUAGAUCAAAUAUUUGAGACGCUGGAGAAUAAAAGUCCUAAUUCUGUUGAAGAGCUUUUUUCAGAAGUUGACAACUCUUAUUAUGAUCUUGAUACUAUGUUAACAGGCAUGAUGAGCAACACAAAAAUGGGACACUGUGAUGGGCUUGAAACGUUUUCUUCUCCAUCAGCUACAACUUCUAAUUCUAAUUGUAAAUCUGAUCUUAAUGAGCUUGAUCAUAUUGUAGAAAUUCUUGUUGAAUCCUGAAACUCCUUGCAUAGGAGAUAAAGAUUUGUUAAUGGGGAAAAAAGACUCGAGAAGGCUAUUUCCACAGUUUGUUCUAUCAAAUCUGCACGUGUAUUUUAUGAAUAUCUAUAUAUUAUAUAGAUAUAUAUAUUAAAAAAAGCACUUCAUAUUGCAAAUAGUGUUAACUCUUAAAGUUAACCUGCAACUUGUAGUGUAAUAAUACGAUUUAUUGUCCAUUGAACUGUAAGUACAUAUGGUAAAUGGUUUUAAGUUUGGGGUCCAAGGCUCUUGAAAUUGGGUUCCUUUUACCAAUUUGUUUUAGCCUUUGAUGGAGGAUAUGCUCACUGAGAGGGAGUGUCUCAUCUUUUUCUUAUACUUCUCACAGUAAAAAAUGGUAAUAAACACAGAGAGAAGUUGGAUAACUGGUUUCCUAUUUUACUCCAGUUUCCACUUUGUUAUACCACGUAACUCUUACCAUAUCUGCUGCUUCUGUUCCAAGUCGCUACAUGGCUCUUAAAGAGCAGUAUGCAAUAGUUCAUGUUAUCCUAGCUAGCUUAUUCUGUUUUUUGCUACAACUUUUACUUCAAAAAUAGUUUUAAAGUGUUUAUUGGUGUUUAGAUUUUUCCAGGUAUUUUCCUAAAAUAUAUUUUUACUACAGAUGUUAUGUCAGCUGCUAACUUAGGAACCUUUGAUAGUACCUGCAGUUGAUGUAUUUUUUGAAAGAUUUUCAAAAAGGGAUCUUUUUUACUGUGAGCUACCCAAUGUAGUUCAGUAAAGUGUAUGUAAAUGUAAAUAUACUAUUUUAUACUUUACAUUAAAAUGUAAGAGCUGUUUUCAUUAUUCUGUUUUAUAGAGUAGUACUUUACUAAAUUGAGAAUUGUACAAUUACGCUUUUCAUAUCCCGUAUACUUGAGUAUCAUUAGAAGAAGAGCUUUGAUCCAGCUAGAUACAGUUACAUCUAAUUCAUUUCAGACCGCAUUUUUUUGUUAACUACAAACCUAAAUUACGUAGGUUUUUAUUUAUGUGUAUUUAUAUGUAAAUGUCAUCAAGUGAAUUGUUUAUCACUGAAGUCUACCAUCAAAUAUUUGUUUAUAUGGGAUAACUCUCUUGCACUAAUUACUACAAAAAGUGUUAUUAGCAGCCUUUAAUUCUCAACUGGUAUGUCAUGAUGUCUUGUCAUAACUAAUAUGCUCCGCUCUUACCAAGGGUUUCCUCUUGGCUUUUUUUAAUAACAAAAGAUAAUACAACGUGGGAUGGUGUUCUUUUCUUUAAGUCCUCACUUUUGUUUUAGAUUGCAUAUAAUUAAGCUUAAUUCUAUGAGACUUCGUUGGGGGGGAGAGAUAGAUCAACUACGGUGCAUGAUUUUGUUAUAAAAUGACAAACAUUUACCUUCACAAGCUGGUACUGGGAAGAGCUCUAAACUAGCAGGGAAAAAGAGGAGGAAAAUAUGUUUUGGUUUUGGGAAUGUGUUGGCAUCAGUUGUGCCAGAGGAAGACACGUGCCAGUAACUCAGUUGUUUUCUGUGGACUUGAACCGAGCAACUCCCUGAAUGUGAAAACAGAACAUUUCUGCGUCUGACAGACUCUGCCUGCCCACAAGUGACCUCACCUACUACACACUAUCCUUUUCAGAUUCUCAAACCCCUAAAAAGGGGAGGGUGGGGGCAGGGGGGUGUUAGGGACAUUCCAGUGUCACCUCCACAAAAAGAGACCACUGAGCUUAUGAUUUCAACAAAUGCUUUAGAAGCAUCUGGUUUGGGGAGAAAUCAUAUCACUUUGCUAAAUUUUUCAAACUCAAUAGUUGAAUGCAUAUUAGCUCAGUCACAUGAAACCAUGCAGUUGGCAUCUCUAGUGAAUUUGAAAAUGUUUGUUGUGUUAAACUUGGCAUGAGAUCAUCCAUAGAUGCUGUCGUAGUUACACAUUGCUUCCUCAGUCAAAGUUUGAUUUAUAACUUCAUAUUAAAGGAUGAAAUACCAUAUAGAUGGCUUCUAAGUUCAGUCAAUAUGAUAUAGCUGGACCACAGAAACAAACCAAUGCUAGAUGUCUUAAUGUAUAGAAAAGACACUCAAAAGGUGUUGCAGUAGUACAUCCUGCUUUGGGAAGAGACAAAUAUUGAUGUGAACUGUCAUAUCUCAACAUUGAAAUAACAGUGUUUUAUUUGGCAGUGUUUGUUGUAGUAUCAGAGGUUCCUUCAAAAUCAUAAAUGCACGGCAGAAUUUUCUUGAUGCUUUCCUGUGUGUAAAUAGGUCUGCUGAAUGGGACAGGAGAUGCCAUAGAGUAAAGCAGAAAGAUGGGCAGUUAAAACUAAAUAUUGUCCGUCCCUCUGUGGAAGUUCCCCAAAACUACUCUGAACUGUGGUUAAAAACCCACAGUUUUGAACAACUGGGUGUUCCCCUCUGCCCCCUGCUUCACCCUCCAUUUUCAUUAAGUGAGCAAAUGCAUGUUAAGAUAUUUAAAAAGAUGUUCUCCCCCACCUCCUUAGCGUGCAUCAGUCUCCAUGUUACAGGUAGGUUUAUAGCUGUAUCUAGCUGGGCGCAUUCUGAGGAAGCUGUGCCUAGUUAGAGCCAUCUGUAGAGACUACGUGGUUUAACAGAAAAGGUAUUAGGCAAGUAUGCAUUUUUUUAAAUUAGGCAUUUAAACAGAAAUAUCCUGGUUUAUUAUGAUGUUACAACUUAAUGCCAAAUCCUAUGUGCUUUUACAUGCCUGCUACCUUGGCUCAAGUUUUCAGCAGAUGUAAGAAUUUGUAUUGCUGAAACUUGCAGUGUCACUGCACAGAACUGAUGUGUGACUGGAGCUGGUCUGACUCUGCAAGAACCAGUCAGUGUAAAAUGAGCUUGUGUCCCUGCUGCUUUGUUGGUGUCUCUCACUAAUUCAGCUGCUCAUUCCUGGUAGCUUCUCCUGGUUUUGUUGUUGUGGUGGUUUUUGUUGUUUCUUUUAUUUUGGUUGGUUUGUUUUUUAAAGGAGCUUUAUUUUGUAGCUCACGUUGUCAUUAAAUAUGUAUCACUUAAAGGUUAAUACAGUAUAUUUCUUCUCCAUGUAUUCCUAUAAGUUACUGAGAGACAUAAGAAAUUAGAGGGUGCCUGUUAGAUGGUGAAUUUUGAAUUAUUUACUUUGUGAACCGUUGCUGCAAACGGCAAGAGAUGCUAAUUGCUGGUGAUGAUUUUCUUAAUUUCUACAUAUAAAUGGGAAAUAAUUUAACCUGUUAAAUUAAAAAAGGCUCUGUCAGCUUUUGCUCCCACUUCUAGCAGCCUUUUUUCUUUUAUGUGCUCCUAGGGAAAAGAGUGGUGAAACUUGUAUGGCACCCAGCACCGUGCCUGAAAUGAGGCCAUUGAUCCGAAUGACAUAACUCAGCUGUACACUUACACAACAGAGAGUACUUCCAAGCAAACAGCUAACAUCAAAUCUGCUUCCUUCUCAGGUAACCUUGAAUAUCUGUCCGCUUCUGCCUCUAUGCCUGUGGUUUUACUACUUCUCUCUUGCAAGAAAAUCCAGAACAUGCGGAGCUUCUGGAUCUUGGCCCUUCAGCAGAGGCAGGAGCCUGAGGAUCCAGCUGAGUGAACAACGGCUCGUCUGCUGAUUGCUUUGCCGUUCUGUUCAUGGUUGUGGGGUUUUUUAAAUCUACUCUCUCUUCUGCAGCUCUGAGUUGAUACAGCAAAAGAUGUUUUGUGUCUCUAUGAAUGGAGCCCUAUUUGCCUAAAGGACAAAUCUGGUAAAUGAAGAGGAAGCCGUUUCUUUGGGUGAAAAGCACCUUUCCAGACUGGCUCAGAGGCGCAGCACUGAGGGGUUUCGGCCUUGAGCAGCUUAGGGCUGCACAUGCAAGUCUUCACGCUCACCAGGAAUUACCUACUUUUCAAAGCUGUCCUUAGACUGUUCUUUAAGUCUCAGGUAUGUCUGCACUGCUUUAGUAGGCAUUUUAGAAAGUGUUAUUGGGAAUUAGCUGAUAGUACCAUUCUAUAUUUUAGUUAUCAGAUCAUUAUGGAUGUCUCGUGCCUCAGAAUAUUGAUUUGAGUGCAUGACUGCUUUACAGUUUGCAGCAUGUUCCAUAUUCCCAUAUAACCAAACUAACUGUCAAAAGCAAGGAUGAAAAAAGAAUCCAGCUAUUUGCUGACAUCUAGGAUAAGAUAACUAAAAGUGCUUUCAAAAGUGACUCUUGUUCAAAGUGAAAGUAUGUUUAUGUCUGAGGUCUAGGAUGUAUAGUCCCAUAUGCAAAAAUAUGACUGAUCAUGACAAAUUUGGAUUGCUCAUCAACUCCUAAAUGAAUGUGAUUUCACACUAUCUGACUAAUACUAGAAGUACAAAACCACCAAGUUGCAAAGAAAUGAAAUACACAUCUCAGGAAAAUACGUGUUUUUGUCAAUUUGGCUUGUUAACUAUGAGCUUUCACAAGGAUCGUCUAAGCUCCUUUUGGUGUCUUUUGCAAAACUGACAGUUAAGAUAAAUGUUUCUAUUUUUUUCAAGGAAGUUCCAGAAAGAUGAAAUCCCACUGAAUGAUUGAAGUUGUCAGGAAAGAUACUUCAGAUGUCUGUGGUGAUUUCACUUUUUUUUUAAGAGUACUGAAAUUUCAUUAUUUGACAUGAUUUUCAUAAGUUUGUAUGGUAGCUUAAAUACAAGUAUAUAUAUAUAUAUAUAUAUAAACAGUUAUUCCUUUGCUUAACCAAGAUUCCCCCAAACUGAGUGUUCUAACCUGAAGCAUUACUGUGGUAAGUGGUGAUGCAUGACCAACAUGUCAACAGGGAAAUACAAAUCCAGAGGCAACUUUCUGUUGCGGCAAAAACAUUCAGUAAUUUCAACUGUCAUCUUUUUAGAGAAGAACGAUUGAAGAUACAGGUGAUUACACGACUUCUUGCAAAAAUAGAAUUAAAAAGAAAUUGUUUCCACGUGUCUUCUAUAUUUGGAACUCCCCUAGGAGCAUAUGGGAAGGGGCAAGUAAGUACUGCAUUAGUAAAACGUUAAAACAAAGGAACAGCAUAUCUUAUUUUUCACGUGCCAGUUACAGGGGGUGUUUAAUACUCAGAGGAGAAAAACAGUACUUACAACAAAUUUACUUUUCUGUGUGUUGAGAUCAUCACUGAGAGAAAUGCUAGAUAUGGAAAGUACUGGGUGUUAGGAUUUUUGGGUUUUUUUGUCCAGUGAGCUGACUGAAGUUUAAGAUAAAAUUGUUGAAUGGUUACUUGUUUUAAUUGAAGCCCAGUAACCUGGUUUGCUUUUGUGUCUCUGCUUUGAAAGGUAUGAGGAGAAAGUUAUUUUUCUUGUAAAUUGUGAUUCUUUUGACAAAAUAGAAUAAUGGCUUGUGUAGUACUCUGACAAGUGCUCAAUAAUGUGGUUGGUUGGUUGGGUUUUUUUUAAAAAGAAACUUGAUUAAGUGUAGGAUUAGUUAGUACUUCACAGAGGCUUUACCACCAAAAAGAGCUGGUAAAACCAAGGCUUGAAGCAGUAAGCACUAGCCCCCUUUCCUAUGGAAAUAUGACAUACAUGGUCAUUCUGUUAUUCAGCUUGAGAACAGCUAAUCAAAUCCGGCAGAUCUUAGUCACUACAUUUUUAGGUGUGUUUUUUGUUUGUUUGUUUUUUAAUUAAGUUUGCAGGUGAAAGAGAAGAACACAGAAAGAAAACUGCAUUCUGUACUGCUAUCCAGUAAUCCAGAUAAGGUAGAGACAUUUAUAAGAUUCCAGACAUAAAACCAGCUUCAAUUAGAGCUUGUACCUUAUACACAGAGGUAAUUAAUCACAGGCAUAAAUCCAUAGGAAAGCAGUCUUCAUUAGUUCCUGUGUUCCUGGAAUCGUGGUUUUGAAUAGAUGCCUGGUACAAAGGUAAGUAGGAGUAGCAGACCUCCAGUAAUUGUUUCAGAUGAGUUAUAUAGAGACCCCGAUUGGUUUUGAGGUUGGGGUUUUUUUCUGGUUCAUGUGAAAUUUGCUGCAAAAGCAAAAUGCUGCUCGUGAGAAUGGUAUCCUGGCUUGCUGCAGUGAGUAUAAUCGUACUGAAAGACCAUGUUUAAAUCUUAAAAAAAUCAUAUUGUUAAGUCCACUGUUUGCCUGGAGGUUAGUUUAAGGCAAAAUGAGAGAGCAUUACAGACUCCUAGAACACAACCUCAUUUGAGACAGUAAGGGCCUUUUAAAGAAAGUUUUUGUCAUAAAAGACCUUAUAUGAUGAGCUCAGACCUCUGAAUUCUUAAUAAAUCCUGUGAGACAAACACAGCUCCUCUAGCUUAAGGUGUGAGUUGCACAGCACAUAAACACUGCUAAACUGAAUUAGGUUCCAGUUCUCUUAUAUGAAUCCCACCGCUGAUACUUGACACAAGUGAAAAAGUGACAAAAACCUUUGCAGAUCAUCUGUGUACUUCAUGUAAUUUCUAUUCUCCAAAUAUUAGGCCAUAAAUCCAAAGUUCUGAUGUGUUCCUUUAAACAACUCCAUGCUAAUGUUUUUUCAUAGAUCUUGUCAGAGCAUGUAUGAAACACAACUGAUCUUUCUAAAAGCACUUGCUGUAGAAAGCACGCUCACCCUUUUGCUGUUGAACGAAACAAAUAUUGUUUACGAAACAGCUGACUCUGUUAGGUUAAUAACUUAAGAAUGAGUGGGGAAAGCAGGGUGACGGGUGUUGGUGUCUUUCUGAAAGGUCUGCUCAAUGGGAGGAGAAGGGAAGGUGACUCAGGUCUUGCAUCAACUCUGCAGCUGUAGAGAGGCGUGAAUUGUCCACUGUGUACAUGCUACAGAACUGUGUGGAGAACGUAUCGUUUUGGCCAACUGGGGUCAACUCUAAAAAAACAAAUUUUUGCUCAAGUUAUUACAACAUUUUGCUGGUGGUGCUGGUUAAAUUACUUCUUUAUAUGCUGCAUUAGACAUUAUCCUUCCAGAUAUGUCCCUUGUACAGCAGCUACCUUUGUAGACCUAUCCUGUUCCUAUUCCACAGAGAUAAUCUCUGGCAUAUGGCAGGGGUCGGUCCUGGUGUGACACCCCUGGGUGUCCCUGGCUGACUUGGGCAGAGAGCAGAAUCCUGAACAUCUUACAAGUUACCCUUCUGCUUAAGCCACAGCGGGAAAGGAGAGGGUAUGGGGGACACAGGAGUCUACAGAACAAUUCUGAUGGGGGCUGGCUGAGGGAACCGGGGCUGUUCAGCCUGGAGAAAAGGAGGCUGAGGGGAGACCUUAUCGCUGUCUGCAACUACCUGAAAGGAGGUUGUAGCAUAGAGGGUGUUGGUCCCUUCUCACGAGUAGCGAGUGAUUGGACAAGGGGAAAUGGCCUCAAGUUGUGCCAGGGGAGGUUUAGAUCGGAUAUUAGGAAAAAAAAAUUCAUGGAGGUGGUUGUGAAGCAUUGGAACAGGCUGCCCAGGGCAGUGGUGGAGUCACCAUCCCUAGAGCUGUUUAAAAGACGUGUAGAUGAGGUUCUUAGGGACAUGAUUUAGUGCUAGAGUCAAUGGUUGGGCUUGAUGAUCUUAAGGGUGUCUUCCAACCAAAAUGAUUCUAUGACACUUGGUCCACUCCUCCUGAACGCUACCACCACUCCCUCGCUCACAUGUGGUGCAGCAGAUGGGCCAUGGGGAUAGGGGGUGUCACCCCUCUGCCAUUCGGGCAGGCACCCCCUCCAUCCAACACAGCCUUGGCAGCGUGUCAAAAAGGAUUCAUUAGUGCUCCUUGCGGCUGCGCUCGCUCCCCUUCUGUGCUCCAAGACCCCUGGCAGCGAGGUCAGGGCACAGCUGUGGCCCAGAAAUCGGUGGCAGCAAGGAGGGAGGGGGCCAGGAGAGACGUCCCUGCGCUCCAGAGAUCCGGCCGGGGCCAGACCCGGCUUUCUGCACCUCUGCUCCUCGCGCCUUCCUUCAGGUCAUGGGUCUUGUGUGCUCCUACCCCUUCACAAACAAACGCUCCUCGGGAGACACAAGGGUUAAAAUCUGUUGGACCUGGGGGGCUUCCUAAAACUAUCAGUUUUCUUCAGUGGGGUAAAUGCAAAAAGCAACUCAAGUUUCAUCCAAGUUGUAGUUUAACUCCAGCGGACAACUGCAGGUGUUUCUGAAGUAUUUAUUGGACCAACAUCUGUGUGUGAAAUUUGGUCUGUGCUGGUAUUCAGUGUAGGAAAAACCUUGUCUAUGCAAAUGUGCUCGACUUUUGUUUGUUUUUACUGUCCUAGGAAUUAAUCUAAACCCAUCUCUGAGAGCCCUGAUCAGCUUUUUGGGGGAUUCAUCAGGUAACCCAUGGUAGGGUUCCAAAAAGGCUCAAAAUUCAUCUUUACAAUUACUUGAAUGUGAGAUUUUGAAAUCUGGUUUGCAGAGGCUUUUGUGCCAAUAUAGCUUGAUUACGCAAACACCCGUGAAAAGCAAAUACUAGAGGUUUCUUUAAAGAAAGCAAGAAAAAAAAAAAAAUCAGUUGGAAGAAUUGUGCAAUGUUUGAUGUGGCUUUAUCGCUGGUUCAGAGACGUGUGUGCCUUGUUUCCCAACUGCCCUGGAAACGGGAGGCGCAGGAAUGCGGCUGUAGGAGGCCCUCGCGACUCCUCGUCUUUAAAUCUGGCAAUUUCCGAGUUUAAGCCCCAAAACGCAAGGGCGGGGGGGUCGGUGCUGGCCGCUGUCCCCGCGGGGGUGUCCGGGCCGCGCUGUUCCCUGCCCGCGGGCGGCGGCGCGUGCCGCCCCGUGCCUGCCCGCACGCUCCGCCCCUCCCCCGCUCCCGUCACAAGCGCCCGCGCCGCGCGGGCGGGGCCGCCUCCCGGAGAGGCGGGGGACGGAGGACUCGGCGGCGCCCGUCUUCCCAUUGGGGGAAGCCGGCACGUGGCUCCGCCCACCUUAGCUCUUCUAGCUCUCUCAUUGGAUGACGCCGCGGGGCCAGUCGGAGCCCAACCUCCCCGGCUCAUAGGCCAGUGAGAAAAUGGUUGCUGGGCAGCUUGAAAGGGCCCCUGGCCAAUAGGAAGGCGGCCAGCUGGCGGGUGCAGUGCACGCAGCUCCCCCUUUUCUCCCCCCCAUUGCCGCUGCUGUGGGCGCUGCGGGCGGAGGGAAGGGCGGAGCGGAGGCUGCCGGGGCCUGGCGGGGGUGGCGCUCGCCUCCGCCUCUUCCCGGUCGGAGUCCCAGCCCCGCCGAAGGGAGCCCGGCCGGCUGGCUAGGGAGGGCACGGCAGGCUGCGAAGGAACGGGGGGUUUCCUCCGCUCCCAGUCACAUCAUCCUACCUCGGUGGAUGGCUUGGCCUCUUGAAUAGUUCAGGACUCUUGGAUGAACACACUUUAUGCAAAAUCUGGAAUCUUCCUGUCUGGACUCCUUUCUGUUUUCUAAGGGUUCAUGUUGGGGAGAGGUCUAAAACGCAAGCUGAGUGAUUAUGAGGAGAACAUGGCUGGUCUCUCGAGUGCCUUUGAUUCCAGUCGAAAUCUGCCAUAUCCGCUUAAGAGGCAGUUGGUGCUUAAUAUGUGCCUCACCAAGUUACAAACAUACAAAAUGCUGGUGGAACCAAACUUGCACCGCUCUGUCCUCAUAGCCAACACAGUACGGCAAAUUCAAGAGGAAAUGCGACAAGAGAGUAAUCAGCCAGUUAAUGUCUGCCCUGGCAUCGCUCCCAGUUCUCACAGCUACACAGGGCUGGAGUCACCUGGGAUUUCUCUUCAGUUGCCUUCAGGUAUUAGUCAGCAAGAGUCUAACUGUUGCGACUUGCGGUCCGUAGAAGAUCCAAUUGAAAACAGCCUGCUGAUAGUUUCAGAUGAUGAUAUGUCAUCCGCCAUUUCAUCUAUUCUGAAGGAUUUAGACUUUGUAGAAGAUAUAAGCCCACCUACUUGUCUGGUUCCUACUGGAGAUGACCAGCCGAAGUUUCCAGAAAAUACUGGUCUAAAACUAGAAGAUGAUAGACAGGAUUUGAAGGGAGCUGAAUGCGUGUUUGGUUCCUUUGAGAUUUCAAAUUCAACUAGUUACUUGAAGGAUUUGGCAAUAGAUGACAUUUUUGAAGAUAUUGACACUUCAAUGUAUGAUUCAGACUUCUGUUGCCCUCCGCUAAUGCCGCCCAGACCACCAUCUCUUGCUGCCGAAGAACCAUUGAAAAGCUUUCCAUCCUGUAACUCUUCUUCAGCAAGCAACAUUCAGAUAUGUAGAGCGGAUCUGAGUGAGCUGGACCACAUCAUGGAAAUUCUGGUUGGAUCCUGAUACUUGUUUUACCCAAAGAUACUUUUUAGCUGCCACUUUUAUUUGGUUUCAGGAUAAAAGCCACUGGAAAAGUUGUAAAGAAUUCUUUAAAACACAAACUAGAAAUAAUUGGUCUGUAGUGGGAUUUUCUAAAUAAUUCCGAAACUUAUAAACCAAAAAAGUGGCAGAUUUUUUUUAAGAAAAAUAUUUAUUUAUCAGAACUGUGCAAUCAUCUUUUUCCUUCCAGGGUGUAUGUGGAACAAUAGGCACAUACCCUUAUCACCCUUCAUGCCUCUUUCAAUAAACUUUUUUAUGUGCAAUUUUUAAUUUGUCAGAAGAAUUUACAUGAAAAACAAAUUUCAUAUGAGAUGAUCUUUUACAAAGCCUCCACUUUAUUUUUAAUAUCAGAGUCUAUGCCAGGUUGGGAUACGUCAAGUUGCAUAGUUGGAUUGCAUGGAUUGCAGACACAUUACUAGAGAUGGGUAUAUUUUAAAAAUGAGACACGCUUUGCUUUCCUUUGGUCAGAUAAGCAGAUCAAGACACUUGUCAACAGAGUCUCUUGCAUUUUCUAAAGCAUUCAGAACUAUUUAUUUUUGUAAAUUUUAUAGUCUUUCUACAUUUUACUACGUUAUUUCAUCAUAGUUCAAAUAUAAUGGACUUCUAGUUGGAUGUGUUUAGCACUACCUCUGAGCUGAAAUGCUUUAAUUCUUUCCAGUGCUUCGUCUAAGACUGCAGAUCUUUUUGUUUCCUUUUUUGUUUUUUGUUUUUUUCUGGGGGAAAGUACUUCUAACUCAUUAAGCUGAUCCUUUGACAGUGACCUAGCUGAUUUGUGAAAUCAAGGGUAUUCAAUGUUUAAAAACUUUUAAGUAUUUACAAAUGUAAUUUAUAUGUAGAUUGUGCAAUUUAACAUUUUUUCUGUCAGUAUUAUGUGCUUAGAUUUUGGAUAAUCUUGGCAUUCUUUAAAACUUACUAUGUACAGGUAGCUUUAUAAUCUGUUUUGGAAAACACUGUCCUUCAGCCCUGCUUUCACUACAAAGUCUAAGAUGAUUUUUAUGUGCAAUAUUAUUUAAAAAGACACACAUUAGUAUACCUGGCAUUGUAGAAAGAAAUGUUUCAGACUUAAAACUUCUAGCACCUUUGGAGGAUACUCAAGCGAGUCAACAUUUCUGUAUCCUUCAAGAAACAAAGCUGAGAACACCUAUUACUACACCAGUGCUCACUGUUUUAUUACUCCUGAGAUACUCAUUGUUGCGUGGUGAGUCGGUGCUGGUGACGGAGGCGCCGGGGUACAGCUGUGUCCCUGGUCUUUGGGGCUCCACGUCCCUGGGGCUUUGGCAGCGCCAUGGUGGGUGGUGGUUGCUGCCGCGGAAAGGGGUGCGCGCCUGGGGCAGGUGUGCGUGUAAGCACACACAAGCACACUCCUUAACUGAGGAGGAGAUUUGCAGUGAGAACUAUUUUUCCCUAAGACAGUUCGGAUACUGUGUUUCAGCUUGAACUGAGGUCUGUAUUGAUCCUUGUUAUUGUCUUCUGAACUACACACUUGCACAUUAGGUUUUGUGGGCUUUUUUUAAUUAUUUUUUAAUUAUAAAACUUUUACUUUGUUCCUGAAAGCUGCAGCACCUGUCUUGUAAGAAAUUUGCAGUUGUAAAAGCUUUGCUUUGGUUUGUUGGGUGUUUUUGGUUGGUUUUUUUGUUGUUCUGCUGAGACUUUUCAUGAAUGGAGCAUUGGCAGAGGAAAAAAAAAAUGUUGCCUGUGUGUUGCAUCUCACAGAAGUUGAAAUCCUGGCCCUAUUGAAGGGGCCAGGGUGUCACCUACUAUUUCUAGUCUUAACUGACGCUGUGGCACAUCUACGUUGUGCAAAGGUCUCCAUUUUUUACUGUGACUAUUUUGGUUAACAGCUGUCGAUACAAUUUGGUAUUCCAAACCAAUGGAGAACCAGUUCAGGUCACGUCCUCACAGCCAUCUGGGUUGUUUAGCAACCGAAGGGUAUAAAUGUAUUUAUAUGCAUAUAAUGUAUUGAUUCUAAUAUAAAACUUCUGAUCUAAAGUAUUUUGAAUUGCUGGAUAAAGGGAUUUGUUUGAAGAGUGUAUAAAUAGUUCUUGAAGAGGUACAGCUUCGGAAUGUACACAGAUUGUGCAUUGUGUAUAGACUACUCUGGCUUUUCCUCAGCCUCUACUUUUGUAUUAAAGAUAUGACUGAAUAAAUCCUUGAAAUAUUAAGGGCCUUCUGCACUGUGAUGAAGCAGAGUUGUGGUUAAAAAAUGUCUUUAAAUUCAGUGAUGAGGAAUAAAAUUUAAAAAUGCAUCUGAAUUCCUUUUGCAUUUGAAAAUAUGUAAUGUUACUAUGCAGUAAAGAUAUUUUGGUAUGAAAAUUGUAUCAUGUAGCAAAUAGUGAAUACUUAAUAAAUCCACUCACCUUGCAGCCCGUCCAGAGACAUUAAAGAAGACAACUUGCUUUUCAGCAUUUACAUGCUAAAGAUUUUUGUAUACGUCAGAAAAUGAUUAAAUUGUUGGUAGAUGUUUUAUCAACAAUUCAAAAUGCAGUUUUUGUUCAGGAGCUUGCUAUGCAGCUCUGUUUGGUUGCUUGCAUCACAGUGCCAAGACCAUAAGCUGGUAUGUAAUGCAGUUUGGUUAUGUAUGGAAUUACGUGCAAAGGGAAGAUUAAUUUUAAAUAUGCACAAACUAAUUUUAAAAUCCUUCCAUGUAAAAUGAAGUUAGAGGCUAGUUGUGGACCUAUUUAUUGUAUGUUUGGAAAUAAAAGCCACAGUUUUGCAGUUUAA